GAGGGCGAGGGCGACCAUGGGUUAUAUAUACAGGGCCACGCGGAGGGGCGAGCCAGUCAGAACGGGCAGACAGUCGUGGUGGGGGUAAUGUCAAGCUCUCUGGCCAUUCUCUUGACUGAAGUGCGCCAGUGAGGCCUCAUCGGUCACCGCGGCCUUAGUCUCUUUCCUGCCGCCACUCGAGGACUUCCACUCACGCUCUGCCACUCUGAGUAAUACCACCAAGUACCGUAAAUAUCAAGAGCAUAGCCUGCAUUGAUUUCACGCUCAUUUAUUCAAAGCCACGAGAUCAGAAUUUCAAGAACGCGUAAUUACUUGAGUCUUUUACGAGUCCCACGGUGCUCUGAGGCUUGGAGCGUCCUGCAAGUUACCAACGAGCUGUCUUCUGCCUCUGCCACCCCUGCUACACGUGCUGCCUCCUCCAAUCCUUCAUUCAGGUUUGGUCUGUUAAGUGAGCGGACCCCCUUGACGAGGCGAAUCAGGAUGACUGGACUCACUGGAGUAGACCGGCGGCCCCUCGUGGACCUGCUGGCGAUGAUAUUCGGCGUGGGCGCGUGGGUGGCUAUCAACGGGAUGUGGGUGGAGCUGCCUCUGCUGGUAUUACACCUGCCCGAAGGCUGGAAUCUACCCUCCUACCUCUCCGUCAUCAUUCAGGUGGCCAACAUAGGACCCAUCGCGUACUCUAUCUUGCGGAGUUUACGACCUGGCCUGCGUCCCGCUAAAGUUGUGUACGGGUUGCUGGCCCUCGGCAGCGUCGCCUCCCUCCUGCUGGCGCUGCUGUGGGACAAGACGUCAUGGAUUCACGGGGUGGAGCACUCCACUGCCCUGCUGUCCCUCGUGUUCUUGUUGGCGUUCGUCGACUGCACCUCCUCAGUACUCUUCCUGCCUUACAUGGCCGUCUGGCGAGAAAUUUACCUGUCAUCAUAUCUGGUGGGGGAGGGCCUGUCAGGGCUGCUGCCGGCACUUAUGGCCUUGAUACAGGGCGUGGGAGGGAACGCCAAGUGUGAAAAUGUCACUAUAUUGAACGAGACCUCCGGAUUCAACUACACUCAUCUAGAGCCUGUGACUCUGAACCCGAGAUUCUCCGUCACUGGAUUCUUUUUCUUCCUGAUGGCGAUGAUGGUGGCAAGCAGCGCGGCAUUCACCCUGCUGGAGCACCUGCCCGGCAUCAAGAGUGAGCGGGCCGGCACGCCCUCGCCAAACAACAGUGUGGAGGCGCUGGAGACCUCGCACUCCAACACUCAGCUCAUGAGCAACUACGGCGGCGUAAAAACAAUGACAGGAAACAUGUCGCCCUCCGUGUACUGGCUCAUGUUGGCGGGACAGGCGUGGGCCUGCAGCCUCACCAAUGGCGUCCUGCCGUCAAUCCAGUCCUUCUCCUGCGGCGCCUACGGGAACGUGCCCUUCCACCUUGCUGUGACUCUCUCCGCCCUGGCCAACCCCGUGGCGGCUCUCAUGACGCUGAUGCUGCCGCGUUGCAAGAGGUGGCUCCUAACGCUCAUGGGGGCUGUGGGCUCCCUCCUCGCUGCCUACAUAUUAGCCACUGCAGCCCUCAGCCCUCACCCCCCGCUCAUGGGCACCACCGCGGGGGAGGCCCUUGUGGUGUUGUCGUGGGUGCUCUUCACGGGGCUCAUGACCUAUGUGAGGGUGGAGAUCGCCAACCAGAUGCGUGAGGAGGGACAGAACGCGCUGUUCUGGUGUGGUGCCGUCACGCAGGUGGGCUCGGCCGUGGGUGCUGUCGUCAUGUUCGUGCUGGUCAACGUGUACUACCUCUUCACCCCAUACACGCCGUGCUGAGGGGCCGGCCGCCUUCCUCUGUACAUUGCCUCCUAGAAAUGUAUGCUUUUUAUCAGGGAGAUUCCUCCACAAUGCAAUUAUGUUAUUUUAGUGUGUGUGUUUGUGUGUGUGUGUGUGUGUGUGUGUGUGUGUGUUGCCUCGGCGUGAAUAUUAUGCGCGUGCGUUGAGUGUAUGAGUGAACUAGCUGAGGUUAGUAUUACACAUGUACGUAUGUAUGUUGGUGCGAGUAGUUAUGUGGGUACUAUGUAUAAGUGCCAAAGAGUUUAUAUUUAAGCCAUAUUUAUAUUUCAAUAUAGUUAUUAUAUGCUUUAUAUUUUAUUAAGAAUAAAAUGUUAUGUACAUACCAA